CUGGCCUUAAACUCACAGAGAUCCUCCUGCUUCUGCCUCUCUGCCUCUGCCUCUUGGGUGCUGGGAUUAAAGGUAUAUGUUGACCACCCUCUUGUGCUGGUAGGAUUCUUUUAGUUUUCAAACUCAUCUUUUUACCAGAGAAGUCCUAAGAAAGGUAGCUGCCCUUUACAAAGCUCUCUGGGUUGUCCCCAGCCCCUCCUUAAAGCCAUCUGGUUCCCUGUAUCCACCACGCCUCCUCACAGUAUGCACAAGGCCUGCUGUCCAUACCAUGGUGUGCUUGAUUCAGCCUCAGAAUUUGUCUUUCUGAGCUCUCCCAUUCCUCGGGACCCUGUUCCUGCAGCUUGCCUGGCUCUGAGGAUAUGCCUGUCCUUUUCUUGAAUGUUCGGAAGUUUCUUCUGAAGCUUGACCUACCUGCCUGGCUUGCCCCCAAGGACCUUCUAAUGCACACACAGCACUGCCUGGGUUUACAUGCACUUGCCCAGGGGCUCCUAUGCUUUGCCUUCUCUAAACAUCCAGCACCUGUGCAGACAGCUCACACUGACAAGGAAGGAGCCAGGAGGGCAAAGGGCAGGUGGUGUAUGAGGACAGCCACAUGGUCAGCCUGACAGCCCCCUAUGUGUCGGGCUUCCUGGCUUUCAGAGAAGUACCCUUCCUGACGGAGUUGGUGCGGCGUCUGCAGGAGAAGGAACCAGGCCUCAUGCCCCAGGUCCUUCUUGUGGAUGGAAACGGGGUGCUCCACCAGCGAGGGUUCGGGGUGGCCUGCCACCUUGGUGUCCUUACAGAGCUGCCCUGCAUUGGGGUGGCGAAGAAACUCCUGCAGGUGGACGGGCUGGAAAACAAUGCCCUGCACAAGGAGAAGAUUCGGCUCCUGCAGGCUGGGGGAGACACAUUUCCUCUGGUUGGAGGCUCUGGGACUGUCCUAGGGAUGGCCCUGAAGAGCCACGACCACUGCAUCAAGCCCCUCUACGUCUCCGUGGGCCACAGAAUGAGCCUGGAGGCUGCUGUGCGCCUGACCUACCGCUGCUGUAGGUUCCGGGCCCCAGAGCCAGUGCGCCAGGCUGACAUCCGCUCUCGAGAAUAUAUCCGUAGGACUCUAGGACAACCCGGGUCACCUGCAUCAGUGGGGGAGAGCAGCCAGAAGGAGUGGAAGCCAAAGGCAUGCCCUGAAGGAGGCCCAGGAGCACCUGCAGAUCAAGGCAGGCCUCCUGAGCACCAGCGCAGAGGCCCUGAGCCAGGCUCCCAGGAACAGCAGAAGAACCAGCAGUGAGGCAGCUGGGCACCAUGAAGACUCAGGCCUCUGGCCUCUUUCUAUAGCC